AUGGACGGCCAAGCCCAGCGCGCGCAGGACGUCCCGGCGGCGCUCCCGCCGGCGACCCCCGCAGGGAGAAAACCAAAAGCCAAGGCACCGCUUCCUCCAGCUGAGACCAAAUACCUUGAUGCCUCUUCAGUUGAUGAUUCUGUAGAAUCUUCUGCUUUUAUCAUGGAACAGAAAGAAAACACGACAGAUAACGAUAUUGAACUCUUGGUCGUUCUACCUGGGGAUAUUAUCAAAUCUACUACUGUUCAUGGCAGUAAACCUAUGAUGGACUUGUUGAUAUUCCUCUGUGCACAGUAUCACUUAAAUCCAUCAAGUCACACAAUUGAUCUGCUGUCAGCUGAAAAGAACCCCAUUAAAUUUAAGCCAAACACACCAAUAGGAAUGUUGGAGGUAGAAAAAGUAAUUUUAAAGCCAAAAAUUUUGGAUAAGAAAAAACCUACACCUAUAAUACCAGAGAAAACUGUGAGAGUAGUGAUCAAUUUUAAGAAAACGCAGAAGACGAUAGUGAGAGUUAGCCCACAUGCACCACUUGAAGAACUUGCCCCUGUUAUAUGCAGCAAAUGUGAGUUUGAUCCAUUACAUACACUAUUAUUGAAGGACUAUCAGUCUCAGGAGCCCCUCGACUUGACAAAAUCUCUUAAUGAGCUGGGACUAAGAGAAUUAUAUGCCAUGGAUGUCAGCAGAGCCACUUCUGUUACUGCCUUCAAUAAGUCAUCUUUACAAGAGACCUGCCAAAUAUCACAAAACCUAGACCUUAUGAAGGAUAAAGAAAAUAAAGGGUUUUUCAGCCUUUUUCAACGCAGUAAGAAAAAGCGGGAGCAAACCGCCAGUGCCCCUGCAACUCCUCUAGUAAGUAAGCAUCGUUCAGCUUUUACGAGGAGCAAUACCAUUACCAAACAGUAUAUUUCAAACACCCUGCCAUCGGAUGCACCCAAGAAGAGGCGUGCUCCACUGCCUCCAAUGCCAGGGUCUCAGAGAGCCCCCCAGGACCUUGCUCACAUCCAGGAGAGGCCAGCUUCUUGUGUGGUGAAAUCUACAAGUCUGGAUGAAACAGAGGAGAGUUCCUCUGGAGCAGGCAGAGUGAGGACAGGCUCUCUGCAGCUCGGUAGAACAUCCGGUGGGAAUUUAUCUUUGAAAAGGACAAAGCGAAAAGCACCUUCCCCACCCUCCAAAACAGCCCUGCAACAAAGUGAUGAAAAUAGUCACGUGACUGCCCUGCAGUCGGUACCUGCAAUUCCUACAGACAGUGUUUUAGAAGCAAACUCUUCUGAGGGCCUGUCCAGCCCAGAAUCCUCCCUUGGCCCUGGGCUCCCCGGUCACAAACAGUGCGCUGUGCCCCAGCUGCUGGCCGAAGCCCCUCUCUCGGAGUGCCCUGGAACGCCCGAGGUAGCUGCUGCAUCUCUGCCAUCUGGAAUAAGCUCUGAUUACAGCCUUGAAGAGAUAGAUGAAAAGCAAGAACUGAGUGAAGUGCCUAAAGAUGAGGCUGAAAAUACUUCUCUGAAGUCGCAAGACAUUCCUACUGUAUCUACUGAUAUAAUAAAUACACUGAAAAAUGAUCCUGACUCAGCCCUUGGCAGUGAUACUGGAGAGUCCUCACAAAACUCCAAAGAAGAAAAACAAGGAACUAAAAACACAGAUGGACAAGGACCACACAUUAUGGUGUGUAAUUCAAGCAACAAAGCGAGGGUAGUUGACAGUGUAAGAAACCUGAGGUCACCGGGCCCAAACCAGGAGAAUGUAGAUCAAAAUGAAAUAAUUGUCAUUCCAACAAACACAGAAGACAGUAUGAAAAAUGGAAUGAGGAGAGCAGAAAUCAGUGUAGCAGGUGUUGCCAAAAGUAACAGUGUGGACGUGGAAGUUGACAGACUAUCAAACUAUCAGGCAUAUAAAACUGAUACUGCUAGAAGUUACAAUGAAAAUCAUCUUGCUGCUUCAUCAGCACCAGAUCAAAAACUGAUUCAACCUAGUGCAGAAAAGACAAAAAUGCAAGAUGCAGCAAUUCAGACAAUCCCUUCCUGUGACAGUUUUGAUGGGAAUCACCAAGAUCAUAAUUUGUCUGAUGUCAAAGUUGAUGAAAGUGUGCAAACUUCAAGUAACAACAAAUCAACUCUACACUCAUCUUUAAGCCCACAAGAUUCUUUAGAUACCUCAAGAGAAUUUGGGAGUCAGGGCCCCCUAAUUAUGUAUACAGAAGAGCAACUCACCAUAAAAGAUCCAAUUUGUGCACAUGGUAAUGAUGAUCUUUUGCCUCCUAUAGAUGGGACUGAUAAAAAUUCAACAGCUUCUUAUAUAAAGAAUUAUCCAUUUUACAGACAAGACUAUAAUCCCAAGCCAAAACCUUCAAAUGAAAUUACAAGAGAGUACAUACCCAAAAUUGGGAUGACUACUUACAAAAUAGUGCCUCCCAGAUCCCUAGAAAUAUUGAAAGAUUGGGAAUCGGAAACCAUAGGGUAUAAAAAUGAUCAGGAGAUAAAUACUUUAGGAGAAAAGGACACUCAUGGGAACGUGAAAGUAACUGCAAUCCAAACAGAAGAUCCUGUUAUUUCUGAAAGCCCAAAGGAGCCAGAAGCAGACCUGAAGCCAAAGCCUACCCUGAGAACAGAGCAUCAGGUGCAAAGUGAGGAGAGUUUUACCCACAGCACAACGUCGAAUCCUCUGAAACCUACUCCCAAAAUGACGAGAGAUACUGGCACAGCUCCUUUUGUGCCAAAUUUGGAAGAUAUAAACAGUAUUUUGGAGUCAAAACUUAAAUCUCGGAUUUCAAAUCCCCACUCCAAACCAAGUUCUUUUUUCUUGCAGAUGCAAAAAAGAGUUUCAGGUCAUUAUGUGACAUCUGCAGCUGCCAAGAGUGUUCAAGCUGCCCCGAAUCCUACGCCAAAGGAACUAAUAAAGAAAGAGGUGGAAAGGGAUACAAUACCUCCUCCAGAGAAAGCUCUUUCUCCCUUAAGUAAAACAACUCACUCUUCUCCACAGCCACACAUUCAAAACACUGAUGAUGACAGCAAUCAGAAGCCUGCUGAAACCUCUCCCCCUCCCAUAGCCCCCAAACCUGUUCCUCUUCCCAAGAGUCAGCUAGCAACACUUAACCUGAAGACUCUGAAAACUUUUGGUGCCCCUCGACCAUACUCCAGCUCUGCUCCUUCACCGUUUGCCCUCGCUGUGGUGAAACGGUCACAGUCUUUCAGCAAAGGUCGUACAGGGUCACGCAGUGAGGAGGUCAGAGGUGCAUCUGCCCGAGCUCCAACUGACACAGACGGAGGGAAGAUUCCUUCCGUAAAUACGUUUGUGGACAUCCCACAGCCAGGUGUGAAAGAUAAGGAAAAUAACUCUGCACAUAAUGAACAGAAUCCCCAAAUGCCAUCUCUGACUGACGGCCCAUCAUUCACCCUUAAGAGACAAAGUUCUUCAACAUUCCAAAGCUCUGACCCAGAACAGAUCCGACAGAGUCUGCUGACUGCAAUUCGUUCUGGAGAGGCUGCUGCCAAGUUGAAAAGGGUUGCAGUUCCAUCAAAUACAGUAUCUGUGAAUGGAAGGUCAAGAUUCAGCCGCUCCAUGUCCCUUGAUGCCCAGGAUGGCCAUUAA